AUGGGCGAACCAACUGUGAACGGAGACAUGCCUCACUCUGCUUUCCUCGAUCAUGCCACUGGCUACCCUAUGGUUUCGGACUCGAUCCAGGCCUUCCAGAAUAAUCCUUAUGGCCAAAAGUCGAUUGAUAUCACAAAUUUCACAUAUGCCAACUUCGUAAAGCCAACUUUCCCGUACCUCGAGAAGCCUGCUUCAUACAUCAAGCCAUACGCUGCCAAAGUCGAUGAGCUUGGUGACAGCUUGUUGACCAAAAUCGACGAGCGUGUCCCAAUCCUUCAGAAAGAGACUGAGGAGGUCAAAAGCACAGUCAUUGACUACGUCAAUUGGCCAAGGAAGGUUGCUCAUGAGCAGGUGAGCUAUGUUUAUGACACCUACAACAACGAGUACAAGAAGUGUGGCGGAGAUGGCGUCGUUGCUGGUAGCAAGGCUCUUGUGAGCGGCAGCUUCGUCAUUACCAGCGACUGGCUGUCCUACUUUGCUACCUUGCUUCAGAAGAGGAAGGAAGAGGCUCAGGACGUUGCACAGCAGGCCAUGGGCGUUGCUCAGGAGAAGUUCCAGCAGGCUAAGGGCACUGCUCAGGAGAAGACUCAGCAGGCUAAGGGCACUGCUCAGGAGAAGUCCCAGCAAGCUAAGGAAACCGCUCAGGACAAGUCCCAGCAAGCCAAAGAAACUGCUCAAGAGAAAUCGAGCAAUUAG